AUGGAUGCUAUCGUUAAUACUGCAGAGAAGAGCACCGAGCAAUUCGUUCAAUUCUUCUAUCCCAGUUAUGAUACACAACGACAAAAUCUAGGAAACUUAUACCGUGAUAGUUCUGCCAUUUUAUGGAAUGGCAAUGCAUUUUCUGGAGCACAGCAAUAUUCAGAAUUCUUGGGAAGAUUGCCCAUGUCUCAUCAUGAAGUGGACGUAUAUGAUUGCCAUCCCCUUCCAGCAACUAUCAAUGCGCAAGGUGCUUGUGGUAUCCUGAUCAAUACCACAGGUACAGUCAAAUAUGGCGACAAUCCAUCUAAGCGUACCUUUUCACAAACAUUCAUAUUGAUGCCUGACGAAAAGCAAGCUGGCAAUUACUAUGUUCAAAGCGACAAUUUUAGAUUCGUUUAA